CUGUAGUAGCUUUGCUGGCACCGUUGAUCGUUCGAUCUUGCGAUCCUCGCGAUCGCUACAUUCGUGUGACAUUCCUCACCGCACGCAGCUGGAGGUGGAGAAGUGCACCAAAGAACAACUUCCACACAAAAAACUAAAAAAAAAAGGAAGAGAAGAAGGAAACGAAAAACCACGCGCUCCCGUUUGAUGUCCGAUUGUGCGAUUCCAGUUUUUCGUAACGUCCCCAAGUGUCCGCGAUCGUCGUAGUGGCGUAUAAAAACCGUGCUGCCGUACGUUCGCACCAGUUCAGUGUGGUGGUGCAGCUCGAUCGUGUUGGUAGGCCGCUACUGAACGUGUGUGACCCAUGCUCCACCGCUGCCAGUGUUGUGAUAAAGUUGUUUUCGUUCUCGAAGCUUUUGGUGUGUCGUGAAUAUGUGGUGGAGUAGCAGCAGCAGUAGAAUCAGCACCCUAGCGCUGCUCGUGGUGAUCCUCGGCGUAGGGUUGAUCCCAUCAGCUGAAGGGCAAUUCGGGUCGCCUCAGCGUAGGGUGUCGGUGUUAAGACAGAUAGGUGGCACGAGAGUGCGUGCGUCUUUUCCAAGCCCAAAUGAACCGGUUGCAGCGCCAGUAGUGACAAGCACGCGCCAGCAAAACUACAACCCGUUCCAGUACAACCCAGCGUCGGCGGCCGUGACGGAGUUGGCACGCACGAUCGGUAGCAUUCUGGGGCAGCAGAAGAAGGCGGCUGUCUUCUCGCCGGUUAGCAUUGCGUGUGCUCUUUCGCUGAUGCUGCUUGGGGCGAAUCAUGAGACAAAGAACGAGCUAGUGCAGGUGCUCGGGUUCCAGCAGUUUGCGAGCCACCUGGACAACAUACACCGGCUGUACAGUGAGAUGUUGAACGAUCUUGCAAGGACCGAGUUCGAUGUGUCACCGCCACCAUGGCGUACCGCGAAUCCUUGCUACGAUGACGAUGAAGAUGAGGAAGACGCAGCGCUGGAUGCUAGGUACCCGCUGCAGAAGGACGUGAUUCGUGUGACGAACGCGGUGUUCGUGCAGGAGGGCUUACCGCUGGAUGGGAGCUUCCAGUUCUACUCGAACCGGUACUACAACAGCACGGCCCAAAACGUACCGUUUGGGACAAACCCAGCGCGAGCGGCGGGUUUGAUUAAUGCGUGGGUUCAACGUAGCACCGAGGGCAAAAUCCGCGACAUCCUGUCUGAGGCGGUGGCCGCCGAGGCGGAGAUGAUCGUCGCCAGUGCGCUGUACUUCAAAGGGCUGUGGUCGGAACCGUUCGAGCAGCAGUCGACCGAGAUGAAGCCGUUCUUUCCGGACGGGCACGGGCGCGAAUCGAAACCGGUUCUCGUGAUGUCGACUGUCGCUUGCUUCCCGUACUACGAUGCCGUUGAGUAUGAUGCGAAGAUCGUCGGUUUGUCGUACCAGGGCAACAAAACGGCCCUGUACAUUAUCAUGCCGAACAACUCGACCCGGCAGGUUAUGCAGGACUUUCAGCGACGUCUCACGCCGGCCAUGAUCGGUGAUAUGGUGUUUAAGAUGUCACAGCGCAAGAUGUACCUGCAGUUGCCGAAGAUGCGGAUCACCAACACGAUCAACCUGCGGGACGUGUUGCAGCGGCUUGGGUUGAGGACGAUCUUCAACCGUGGGCAGAGUGAUCUCACGGGUAUGAUCGCCCGAUCGAGCACGGUAACGCAGUUUGCGACACAUGAGCAGCUGCACGUGAGCGAGUUCAUUCACCGGGUGGAGUUGGACAUCAACGAGAAGGGUACGGAGGGUGGUGCGGUUACAACUUCGACCAUCUUCCGGGCGUUACCGUCUGUGCACUUCCGGGUUGAUGCACCGUUCUUGAUACUGCUUGGCCACGAUGGUACUCGGCUACCGUUGUUCUAUGGCACGAUCUACGAUCCUACACCAAGGUUAACACCGAUGACUCGGCCAGCGAUCGUCUCGCGAUUUUCAUCCAGACAAGGCUUCGAAAAUACACCGGCUCCAGCUGCGAGUGUCCCCACAAGGAGCCAGAUUUCGACUCCCAGUAUAUCUAUGACCCCUGGAAACGAUCCAAAGAUCGCCCAGACCGUGGUUGACAUGACGAUGCGGCUGAGUCGCACGUUGGCACAGCAACAAAGCAAAACGGAGCUGUUCUCACCGGUCAGCAUUGUAACCGUGGCCAACCUGCUGUUCCUUGGGUCCAGCGGUGCCACUCACGCGGAAUUCAACAAACUGCUCACCCCGGCCAGCAUGAACUGGAAGCAGCUGCACCAGCGCUAUGGCAGUGUGUUAGCAAACCUGGUCUCUCCAAAUCCGAUCGACGCCCGACGGGAACAGUGGCGUCAACAGACGUGCCCACAGGACGAGGACUACGAAGACGGAUCGUCGUCAACUCCUGCUCAAAAGUCCCAAGUUAUCCGGCUUGCGAAUGGGGUGUUUUACCAGAAGGACCUGCAAAUGCGCCAGCAGUACGAGCGUCUGGCUCGCAGCCUAUAUGGUGCGCUGAUCCAACCGAUCGAUCCCCGAAAUGGGGCUGCCUCCAGCUCGACGAUCAACAAAUGGGUUAGUGACGUGACGGCGGGUAAAAUCCGCAACAUGCUCGAAGGACCGCUCAGCAGCAGUUCUAGCAUGGUGAUCGUCAAUGCGCUCUACUUCAAGGGCAAGUGGAAGACGCAAUUCGAGCCCAUGGUAACUCGCCAAGGUCCGUUCUUCCCGGAUGGAUACGAUGGAUCGUCGUUCUCUGUCAAGAUGAUGAGUCUCAGUGGGUGUUUGCCGUUCUACAAAGCCACCGACCCGAUGGAGGUGUCGAUCGUGGGUCUACCGUACCGUGAUGACAGCAGUACCAUGUACCUGAUCCAACCUGCGAAUUCAAGUCGCACCGCCAUCAGACGUCUGCAGGCUUCACUGACCGGCAAGAUGCUCGAGUCGUGGAUCGGCCAGAUGAAGCUACAGUCUACGAUGGUGCGGCUGCCGAAGAUGCAUCUGCGUAAUAGUGUCGAUCUACUGCAGUCGUUCCAAAAGCUCGGUUUCAACUCGAUCCUCAGCCCGGCGAAGAGUGAUCUCUCGAACAUGGUCGACAGUGGUACCGAUGGUCCGAAACCGUACGUCAACCAGAUAAUGCACAAAAUCGACCUCUCGAUCGACGAGGAGGGUACGGAGGGUGCGGCCGCUACUUCCGCUCUGGUUGAUCGUAUUAGCUCGCAAAGGCGCUUCAAUGGUAACACGCCAUUCCUCGUUUAUCUGCGGCACGAUGCCACCGGGUUGCCGCUGUUCUACGGUCCCAUCUUCGAUCCUCGCUAGAUGGCACACGUGGCCGGUGCUCUAAACAGCGAAUGUAUUGUGGGAUUGACCAAAGAACUUAACAUUAACAGUGUGGAAGAUGACGCUGGUGAUGCUUCUUCGAGGGAGUGCAUAUUUAUAUGUUAGUUGUUUGUGCGGCGCUGUGUUGGAGGAUGGAACGAACUCAACGCGUAAAAUUUAUGAAAGUAUUAUUAUUUAUAUCAAGUACCAUGAACCUUCGGCUCGGUGGUACUUCUCUCGUCGACUGAUGAACCCAGUGAUUUGGAAAAGUGAUCUACAAAAUGGCGAUCCUGUGUGCUAUGUUGGGACAUUCAGAGCCGUGAGGUGCUGUUUGCUACAUUUUUUGACUCCUUACCAGUAGCAGCAGUGCUUGCAAGGCUGACGAGUUAAAUUAUGUAAUAAUAAAAUUGAUUUUAAUUAUAUGCAUGAG